UUGGGAAUCCAUUGGCUCCUCCUCACACUCACUUUCUCCUCCCGUCGACACACAUGAAGCAGAGUGACUACCUCACAUAAAAUGAAAGCUCUCCUCAUCCUCGUCACUUUGACCUGCCUAGGGAGUGCCCAACACCAAGCCUUAAUGGAUUACUUAGAGCGGAGGCUACUUGCCAUCGAGGACCGCAUCUCCUUGUGGCAUGAGCAGACAAACCGCUAUGCUUCAGAGCUGAGGGAGUUCAAGCAACAGAUGGUAGCUCAGCUGGAGGCCCUGGACAAGAACAAGGAAACCCUGCGGAUAGACCUCGAUAGCGUGGGGACGCGGGUGGACCGUGUGGAACGUGAGAUGGACUACCUGGAGACCCAGAAUGGGGCCUUGCCCUGCGUGGACGUGGAUGACAAGCUGGUGGAGCAACAGGUGACUGUGGUAAAGGAAAAAAACAAGGCCAAAUAUGCCAAGCUUUCAGACUGCAGGGACAUGAUCUCCAGUAUCAAGGCUAUGAAGAUCUUGAAGAGGCUAGGUGGUCCAAAGGGCAUGUGGACCAAAGACAUGGGCAGUGGCUCAGGCAAGGUCUACAUCUUCAAUGGGAUAAGUGGAGACACCAUCCAUGAGUUUGCAUCAGUGAGAGACUUUACUAGUUCUGAGGGUACAGCCCUGGCCAAAUCCCUGAAGCUGCCCUCUGCUUGGCGAGGAACUGGUCACACCAUCUACAACAACUAUGCAUACUUCAUAAAGGAAGGUGAGGAACUCAGGGUGAUCAAGUACGACCUACAGAACAACUCGGUGGCAGACAGUGCUGUGUUCCCCGUCAAGGACCACAUCCCUGUGUACGGCCUUACCCCGGAGACAGUCAUCGACCUGGCGGCGGACGAGGAGGGCCUGUGGGCCAUCUACGCAACACGGGACAAUGAGAGGUAUAUCUCUAUGGCCAAGAUGGACGCCAACACUCUGGACAUUGAGCAGAUGUGGGAUACCCCGUGUCCACGCGAGAAUGCAGAGGCAGCAUUCAUUAUCUGCGGCACAGUGUACGUGGUCUACAACACUAAGUUGCCCAGUCGCUCUCGUGUCCAGUGUGUGUUUGAUGUAAGCGAUAUGGUGACCAAUGAUGAUGCGCCGCUCGUCUACUUCCCCAAACGCUAUGGCUCCCACUCCAGCCUUAAGUACAAUCCCCUGGAACAGCUUGUCUAUGCCUGGGACGAUGGCUACCAGAUCCUCUACAAGCUUGACAUGAAGAAGAAACUGGAGGUAUGAAGUGAAGAACACAACCUUGUGUUUUGAAUUAAGCCUGAAUGAUUUUCUUACAAAAGACACAUUUAUAUAUUUUUAGAUAGGCAUGACCAGUGCAUAGAGGGUACCUGGAGCAAAGUUUUAACAUAGUUUACAUGACUUUCAUUUAAUUCAGUAAGAAUGCAUAUGGAUGUAAUGCAUCCUCUGUCAGAGAACCGUAACAAUGUAAUCUCACUGCUCAGCUGUUUCAAAAAGUUCUACUUGGUACAAAAGUCGUCUUGGAAAGGUACUUUUUGCUUUUAUAAAAUCCCCUUCAUCUACAGACACAAUCCUGAAAGUGAAUGUGUGUUUUUAAAAGAUUUAUUUCUUUGCUGAUUUUUCAUUGGUUGUACCAGAUCAUCUUGUACUCGUCACCUGUUUUGUAUUAUAUGAGAUUUUUAAAUAAAUGAUAAGAAUUUAG